AUGACUAUUGAAUACAUCCCAAAAGUUAAAGUUUCCACUAAAAAAGCCAAGUAUACUAAUACUGCUUUGAUUACAAAAUACGCUUAUCAAAAUUCUCUUGUUGAGAAAGAAGCUGACGGUACCUACAACGUUAAGCCUUUUACCGAAGACUAUGAAUUUAAGGUUGACUUGAAAAUCCCUAAAGUUGGUGUUUUGCUCGUCGGCUUGGGUGGCAACAACGGUACCACUUUUACAGCAGCUGUUCUUGCUAACCAUAAUAAAGUUGUCUUCAAAACCAAAAGAGGUCCACUUGCAGCCAAUUAUUUGGGUUCUGUGACUCAAAGUGCUACCAUUAAAUUAGGUAUCGACUCCAAAGGUAAUGAUGUUUAUGCACCAUUCAAUUCAUUGCUACCUUUAGUUAAUCCUAACGAUUUUGUUGUUUCCGGUUGGGAUAUUAGUGCAACAAAUCUGGGUGAGGCUAUGGAGAGAUCACAGGUUUUGGAGCAUGAUUUGCAGGUUCAAUUGAAGCCGGAAAUGGAGAAGAUUCAACCUUUAUCUUCUAUCUACUAUCCAGAUUUUAUUGCUGCCAAUCAGAAUGAAAGAGCAGACAACUGCUUCAACAGAGAUGGAGCACAGGGAGACAUUUCUACCAAAAAUAAAUGGAGUCACGUAGAGCAUAUUAGAGGGGAUAUUAGAAAGUUCAAGAAAGACAACGAUUUAAAUAAAGUUAUUGUUUUGUGGACUGCCAACACCGAGAGGUUCUCCGAAUUGAUUGAUGGUGUUAACGAUACUGCCGAUAACUUGAUUAAGGCAGUACACGACGACCAUCCUGAGGUUUCUCCAAGCACUAUCUUCGCAGUGGCUUCCAUCUUGGAAAAAGUGCCAUAUAUUAAUGCAUCCCCUCAGAACACUUUCGUUCCUGGUGCCAUCGAAUUGGCCAAAAAGUACGACGUGUUCAUUGGAGGAGAUGAUUUGAAGACCGGUCAGACCAAAUUUAAGUCUGUGUUGGCUCAGUUUUUGGUUGAUGCAGGUAUUAAACCUGUUUCUAUUGCCUCCUACAACCAUUUGGGUAACAACGAUGGCUACAACUUGUCGUCCCCCAAACAGUUCAGGUCUAAAGAGAUUACUAAGUCUUCUGUUGUGGAUGAUGUUAUUGAAUCAAAUGAGAUUCUAUACAAUAAGAAGAAAAAUGAGAAAAUCGACCAUUGUAUUGUAAUCAAGUACAUGCAUGCAGUCGGAGAUGAUAAGGUGGCUAUGGAUGAGUAUUACUCCGAAUUAAUGCUUGGUGGACAUAACAGGAUAUCUGUCCACAACGUCUGCGAAGACUCGUUAUUGGCAGCACCUAUUAUCCUUGAUUUGUUGGUGAUGACCGAGUUUCUUUCGAGAGUUGGUUACAGAAAGGAAGACACUCAAGGAGAUUUUGAGAGCUUCUAUCCAAUUCUCAACUUUUUAAGUUACUGGUUAAAGGCUCCUUUAACCAGGGAAGGCCACCAGGUUAUCAACAGUUUGAACAAGCAACGCCUGGGAGUUGAUAACUUGAUGAGAAUGUUAAUUGGUCUAGAGCCAUUGAACGAGCUGAGAUUCGAGGAGAGGCUUAAAUAA